AUGUCACCUCCUAGCGACAAGCCCUCGCAAGAAGAGGGUCAAGACCAGACUUCGCAGAGUACUGGACAGCCCAGCCGCAACGCACCACUGGUCAUCGUGUCCGAACGAGGUCGCCACAGCGAUGAAUCUCGCCGAAUAGUCCGCGCACAGGCAGCUCGCGCCAGCGCAGCGCAGAGCAGAGUCACCAGAGCCCGCAAUCGAGAGGAGCGUGAAGGCGUACCCAAGGAUGGCCCUCUAUCGCCUGGGAGCACUGCGCCGACCCCCUCAGCCGAGCCGAUAUCCCCUGAGGCCUCGAGCAACCCAGCUAGCCAACUGACCGAGCAUCCGCUGAUCAAAUGGCUGGUUGGUCUGAUGGACUUGUCUCCGGCUGGUCUGCUCAAUAGCAUACAGACCUUGACCCUCGUCGGCCCGGCAGCGGUGGGCGCGGUAACUUCCACAGUCGCCAGCGGAAUAGGCGGUGUGCUGGGAGGGCUCAGCAGCCUGGCUGGUAUGCAGAGCGAACCAGCACGUCCACAGCUACCGCAAGCAGUACCGCGAGGCUUCACCACUCUUCAGCAACGGAUCCAGAUCUCAGACACAGUCAUCGUCCUGGUCAGUCGAACGUCAUGCUUCGACUUUGGCAGUCCGGGUGUGGAGGAGCGGCUGCAUCAAUUGCUGUUCGAUAUCAUCAUCAGUCACGCCAAAGCUCUCCUGACACCUAUACUGGUUCCUGGUCACGCCAUCCAAGGACACCUCCGAAUCGCCUGCACUUGCCUUACCAUCUUCCAAGGCCAGCGAGCCAACGGAUCGGUCUUUGCACACGAUUCGAAAUACCAAACUGGACUUGAGGCCGCAUGGUCAGAAGCCACACUGCUCGACCUCAAUGCACUUGCCGAACCAAAGUCUGCCGAAGCGUCACUGUGGGCGGUCUUCAUUAUCAGUGUCACCACUGGAGCAACAGCGAACUACUUCCACCAGCUCCUGCAAGGCUUGUUUCAGGACUUGCAGCUACGCUCUUGGUUUCAAGUACGGAAUAUUCUGCUUGACUUCAUAUACCCCGUCAGCUUUUUGGACGAGCCGUGCAAGUCGUACUUCGACAGUCUGCAGUCGAUGCAGAUUGGUGCAGCAUAA